UAUUUAAAAUGGCGACAGUCGUCGCAUCAGAAAUGUUUAUGUGCGGAUUUUCAUACGAUGACAGUUUUGGGGACUUACCUGGUGUAUUUGUGGGCGGAAGGACAGUCUGAAAUAACUGAGUGUUCUUUUGUUAAUCAGACAUGAGUGCUUCGGACUUAAAGGAGCAGGGUAACCGGUUCUACGGUGCUCACAAAUACGAGGAAGCAAUCGCUUGCUACUCCAAAGCAAUUUUAAAGAACCCUUCAGAUGUACGUUUUUUCACCAACCGGUCGCUAUGCAAGUUGAAGCUUCGGCGCUGGGAGGCGGCAGCAGCUGACUGCCGGGCAGCUCUAGAGCUGCAACAGAACAAUGUCAAAGCCCACUUUUUCUUGGGCCAUGCCCUGAUGGAGCAAGAGUUGUAUGAUGAGGCCAUCGCAAGUCUUUCAAAAGCUCAGGAUCUUGCCAAAGAGCUGAAGUUGAACUAUGGAGAUGAUAUCGCCGGUACCUUGAGGCAAGCCAAGAGAAAGAGAUGGUCGUUGAUGGAGGAGAAACGGAUACAGCAAGAAAUCCAUCUUCAGUCGUUCCUCAACAAGCUCAUCGUAGAAGACAAAGAAAGAAAAAAAGCCGAGCUGAAGCUGGACAAGGAAAACGAAGAUUCCAAGGAAGAUAUUGAAAAGAAGAAACAAGACGUGGAGGCAGAUUAUGAUCAACAUGUGAAGGAACUGAAUGAACUAUUUGCUACUGUGGACGAAAGGCGAAAAACAAGGGAGGUGCCCGACUACCUGUGCGGGAAAAUCAGCUUUGAGAUCAUGAAAGAUCCGGUUAUCACACCCAGCGGCAUUACAUAUGACAGAAAGGACAUAGAGGAACACUUACAGCGGGUCGGCCAUUUUGACCCAGUGACCCGGAUCAAACUGACCCAGGAACAGCUCAUCCCCAACCUGGCCAUGAAGGAGGUCAUAGCGGCAUUCACCAAUGACAACGAGUGGGUGGAGGAAUACUGAGGCCAAGCAUCAGGAGAGGCCGAACCGAGGGGACCACAGAAAUGUUGAGGGUUAUUUUCAGCAUGGCCAAAAUGACAAUGAAUUUGCAGGACUUUUUUUUAUAUCCCUCCCUCCUUUUUUUUUUCAAACGUUGGCUAAGUUGAUUUUGUGCUCCUUAAUAACAGAAAAUUGGAUGAGUAAAGCCUGGUUUCCAUAUCGACGUAAGAAACGCAGAGAGAAAUGCAAUGAAGGCGCAAAUGCAAGGCAGACAUAUGGAAACAUGCCAAACGGAGGUGUCUCCUACAAUGCAGACAAAUGCAAACCAGCCCGCGAAUGACCGGUAAAGUUGAGCCAGGUUCAACUUUGCCGACUGUCUGCGUCAAGUAGCAGUGGUCGCAGUGAUAUCCUCAUAUACAAACGCAUAUGCUGGCAAAACGGGCAUGCAACGAUAACCCUCCCACUUAGUUCCACGAAUUUUGCCCAUUUUCACCUUAAUGCUUAAAUAUUUCCCCCCAGCGAUCAACUAAACAGCUGACCGUCAAUGAAAUGCAUGAAACUGGAGCAGAGGUUUGGCAUCAUGAGGUGGUACAGUCAAUGUAAAAGCACA